AUGGCGGUGACAGACGGAAGAUGUCACUGCGAGCCAAUUGUGAUGCGUGAGGUACCCCGUGUGCACAGGGCGCUGACGAUGGCUUCUGCCUGGGAGAGGAAUCGUCACUACGGGGACCUGCAGAAAGCAGUCGCUUUCCUCCCCUCGCUCCUUGCUGAUAGCUCCCUCAGGAGCAAGGACACCGCUCAGAGUGUCCACGGAGUGCUGCUCUUUGCGGAUAUCUCAGGUUUCACUGCGUUGACCGAGAAAUUCGUGCAGAGGAGCGGCGUGGACAGAGGCACUGAUGAGCUGGCGCAAACGCUCAAUGAGUACCUGUGUGACAUUUUGGAGGAGUUCCUGAUUUUUGGAGGAGACAUCUUGAAGUUUGCUGGAGAUGCUGUGCUGGUGCUGUGGAGAACACCACCCCAGGAGGUGGCCAGGACCAUCAGCCUGGUGCUGCACUGUAGCCGGCAGAUCCAGAAGAAGUACGGAAGGCGUGACACAGAUGUGGGGCAGAAGAUCCAACUGAAGAUAGGGAUCUCUGCAGGGACCAUGAGCCUCCCGGUUUUCGGAGAUGAGAGCUGGCAACACUUCUGCAUUUUUGGCCCGUGCCUGGCUGAAGUUCGUGACGCCGAAGAGGUUGCGGGUGCAGGUGAAGUUGUCCUCUCGGCCACCUGCUGGGAGCUCUGUGCCAUGAGGCCUGCUCUUCUCUUGCCCAGUGACCUGAACGCCAAGGAUGUGCUUAGGAAGUACAUACCAGUCGCUGCUCUCGGGAAGCUCGAUGCAGGACUGCCCAUGGAUCUCCUCUCUGAGCUACGGCCAGUCACCUGCAUCUUUGUCCAGCUGCAGCUUGCUGCAGGUACCAGCUCGGAGCAUCUCAGCACCGUCCUCAAGGAGGCCAGCAGGGUGAUGCUAGAAAUCCUCUCUCCUCACAAGGGCCACAUCAACAAAGUCCUCCUGUGUGAUAAAGGCUGCACGUUCCUCUGCGUGCUGGGACUCCCUGGAAACAAGCUGCCCUGCGAGAGCCUUCACGCCCUGCAGAGUGCUCUGGAGAUCUUCAACUCGUGCUCCACCAUGCUCAAGGAAAGAGAGACAAUGUCUGUGGCAGUUACCAGAGGGACGAUGUUCUGCGGAGUCACUGGCCACCCGCUGAGACACGAAUACACAGUCCUUGGCCAGAAGGUGAACUUGGCUGCCCGGAUGAUGGUGCACUACCCUGGGCUGGUGUCCUGUGAUGCAGUGACCUACGCCGCCUCCCGGCUGCCUGCUUCCUACUUCAAGGAGCUGCCGGAGAGAGAGAUGAAAGGCCUCAGCCAGCCUGGCCCUGUCUAUCAAUACGUGGGGGUCACCGAGGAGAGCAUCUUUGGCGUGGGUCUUACCAAGAAGAGGUCGGAGUACGUCCCCUUGCUGGGUCGGAAGCAGGAGACUGACCUCUUUGUCAGCUGCUUGAACGCCUAUAGGGAUUCAGGCCAAAGGAACAUCCUGGCGGUUGAGGGCACGAUGGGCUGUGGAAAGAGCCACUUACUUUCUGAACUGGCCUCUCUAGGCCAGGAUGCUGGCCACAGCGUGGUUGCCCUGGAACUGCUGGAGAUCGACAUGAGGCAGCCCUUCUCUGCCAUCCGCAUGCUGAUGGCCAGGGCCCUGGGCCUCCAGGACUGUGAAUCGCGCGGCGACAGGCAGCGCGUGCUGAAGACAAAGCUGCAAGGGACAAUCGAAGAGAGCAGCUACUGCCUCCUCAAUGACAUUUUCUGCGUCAAGUUUCCCAUUUCGGACAACGAUCGCGAGAUGGAUGAAACUCAAAGAAAACUGGAAUUGCACUCGACUCGGCUGAAAGUGCUGGAGAAGACCCUUACAGGAGAUUUUGGCAUAUUUGUCAUCGACAAUGCCCAUUUCAUCGACCCUGACUCCUGGUUCAUCAUGUCACCCAUGCUCCAAACAAUCUCCCUCUUCAUGGUCAUGAGCUUAGCCCCGGGCUACGAGAUAACAGAGAGCUUCCGCAAAGCCGCAGCAGACAACGCCAUGUCCCAGAAAAUCACUUAUCUUCAUCUGGACAAGCUGAAAGCUUCAGUUGUGAUGCAGAAAGUCUGCAAUGACCUCGGAGUGGUCAGCAUCCCCAGGGAUCUGGUGAGGUUCCUGAUCCGAACCAGCUCAGGGAUCCCAUAUUACUGCGAGGAGCUGCUGCGCUGCCUUCGUGCCAACGACAUGCUCCAGUUCUGCACCCGGAGGCAGUCUGGAAAAGCAAAGGACAACUGGGAGAGCCUGAUCAUCGAGGCUUCAUCCCUCGCAGCAACCUGGAGCUCCGACGCGGGGAAUGACGGCAGGGUCUGCCUCCUCAGGCCAGGCGUGACCCUGGAGAACACCGCGCUGCCCAUCCCCUUGAAAGAGAUUGCGCUGACUCAGCUGGAUCGGAUGCAGCCGCUGACGCGGAUGGUUGUGAAGUUUGCAGCCAUCAUCGGGCCGGUGUUUACCACCCAGCUCCUGUCGCACAUCCUUCCCCCUGGCCUCAGGACCCAUAUGAAUUCCUUGUUGGACGAGCUGGUGAGCGACAACAUCCUGAAGCGGCUGAAAAACACAGAGGUGCCAGAAGAUGUGCAAGAUCCUACCGAGGGGCCAGCCACCUCUUCGCAGGUGGAGAGCGGUGUGCAGAGGCCCUCUCCCAGCACGAGGACCGAGGAGCAGCAGCCUGGCGUCCUGGCCUUCUGCGUCCCACUGCUGCAGAAGGCUGCGUACGAGCUGUGGCCCGAGAGGCAGCGAGUCGCCUUGCACGGCAAGUGUGCCGCCUUCCUGGAGCAGCACGCGCACAAAUGCAGGAGCUGCGGCCAAGGGGAGUUUGUCGCCUUCCACCACUUCGCCGUCACCAGCAGCCAGGAUGGAGGCAGCUGUCGGGACCCUGCCGACGGAGGCGACUCAUGCAGCUGGGAGGCCUUGGUGCUGGCUGGAGAAGAGCUGAAGCGGGAUAGGACCCACGCCACUGGGGGUACGCUGUGCACCGUGCUCCACAGCCCGGGCCCUCCAGGAGCCCAGGGGUGUAUGCUGGGGAUCGGCUGGGAGGAGGUCUGCCAGGGACGAGCCCAGGCGCUGAGGACAACCACCGCAGACUUUGCUCAGCGUGUCGGCACCCUCGCAAGGGUCCUUGAAGCCCAGUGGGAGAGCGAGAGCAGCUCUUCCCCUGGGGCAGGCGAGGAGGUGUCUAACCCCCUGUUUUCUUUGCAGAUGCCACAGAGCAGCAGGCUUUCACGGAGGAGGAAACUGGAGGGCGAACAGACAACUGAGCUGCCCGACGAGACCGACAGGCAGCACAACGGCACACACUGGUGUGAAUGCCGAGCCAUCGUGGAAUCGGUGCUUGUGCCUUUGGCUCGCCACUACGUGGCAAUGGGCGAUGCCGACCGAGCCUUUUACUACCUUCUGGAGUGUGCUGCUGCCUACCUGCACGUCUCCAACAGCUACAUGGCCCUCAUGAAACUGAACGAAGCGGAGGUCCUGAGGAAGAUGAAAGCCACUGCGAUAGCCUGCUUUGAAGAGGCCACCUUCUUCAGCCUCAAAGGGCAGGUUUGCUGGUGUAUGCAACGUCUUCAGCUGGCAGAGACAAUGAUGAGGGAGGCUUUGAGCUUGCUCAGAAGGAACUUCCCCGAGACCUCCCCUGGCGCCUUUGUCAAGGCUCAGGUGGAAAAGUUGCCUUGUGUCGCUUACGUGAGAGCAGCCUGCCUUCUGCAGAAGGGCCGCUCCCUUUCCUCCCAGGAGGUGCGACUGGCUUGUCCGCCGCCCUGCUUUCCCCCAGCCCUGGCUGAUUUAGCGCUGUACAGUGAGAGCCUCUGGGCCCAGCAGUUUCUCUCGUGCGGCAGGAUGAAGAGGCUGGCCUGGCUGCUGCAGCAGAGCUGCUGCCUUUCCUUACUGGAGCGCCUCUUCAGCCUGGAGGGCACUUCCAGCGGACGGAGGUUCUCCCGCCUGGCAGCGCGCAUGAAGGCCAACACGGACAGGGCGUUGGACUCCUGUUGGACAGCAGAACUCCCACCACGCACAGACUUAGGACACAGACAGAUGCCAGCACAGACGCAGACACAGAGGCCGUGGCAGACACAGAUACCGCUGCAGACGCCCUUGCAGAAACCAGGUAGUCUUUCAGAUGCAACUGCAGAUGGAGAUGCCAUGGGAGAGACAGAUGCCACACCAGAUACCCUUGCGUGCGCCACUGCAGAUGUAGACAAAACCGGAGUGCAGAGAGCAUUGCAGAUGCCCUUGCAGACAGAGGGAGCGUUGCUGAUGCAGGUACCAUUUCAGAGGAAGGCAUCUUUGGGGAUGCCGGUGCGGAUGCAGAUAAAAUUGAAGAUGGUUACUGGUUGA